GCGUCGCGUCCACUGUCUGUCUCUCUGAGCUCGUUGUAAACUGCCUGUUCGGGACGUUGUGGCCGGAAGUGGCGUGUCCUUGAUCCGGGAUGGCGGACGGAGAAGUGACAUUGUUAAUCCGUAGUCCUAGCUUAAAGCAGGAGGAGCGGGAGGUGACAGCCCAGCGGAGCUUCACCGUCCGGGACCUGAAGUCGCAGCUGCGGCGGGAGUUGCCUGGACAUCCGAUGGAACAAGAACAGAGGCUGAUCUACUCUGGAAAGCUGCUGCCGGACCACCUGAAACUGUACGAGGUCCUGUCCAAGGAAUCCCGCCACGUAUUGCAUCUUGUUUGCUCGAUUAGAAGUGCUGUGCACAUUCAGGCUGAAGAAAGCAAACCACAGCCUGCAGCCGAUACAACCAGUGCACCUAACGUUGCUCCGCAGCCAGAUGGCGUCAGGCAGAGGAAUGUCCCACAGAGUUCUCCGGCAGCGCACACUGACACGCCCAGGUCUGACAGUGUGAAUCCCGCCUUCUCCCCGUACUCGGUAUACAGCCCUCAGCAGAUCCUAUGGCUGCAGCAGAUGUAUGCCAGGCAGUACUAUAUGCAAUACUAUGCUGCCGCCGCCGCUACAGCCUCCAGUUCUCCAUCCCAGAGAAGACAGGAGAUACCAGUUAUGCCACCCGCUGCUCCAGACCCUUUGCCUCAUCCUUUCCCAGCUGCCAACCAGGCCCCCAAUCCAGAAGCUCCUGCUCCAGUCAAUCCAGUGGCCAACCAGAACCUGCGCAUGAACGCUCAAGGAGGCCUGGUUGAGGAAGAAGACGACUUAAACAGAGACUGGCUGGACUGGGUGUACACAGCUGCCCGCUUCUCCAUCUUCCUCAGUAUCCUCUACUUCUACUCCAGCCUGAGCCGAUUCAUGAUGGUCCUGGGUGCCAUGAUCCUCAUGUACCUUCACACAGCAGGAUGGUUUCCCUUCAGACAGAGACCCCCACGAGAAGUUGCAGCCCCUGCCCAACAACCUCUCCCAAAUCAACAGGAUCCAAACAACAACUUGCAGGAGAACAAUCCAGCCGCAGAAGACGUGGGCCAUGAGCCUGCCGCUGAUGCCGCUCUUCCGACAUACUCCUUUGUAUCCACAGCCUUGCUGUUCUUCAAAACCUUUUUUGCCUCUUUGAUCCCUGAAGGACCUGCGGCCGUGGUUCAGUGAUGGCAGAAACCUAAGGGGGGACACUUGUGAUGCCGUUCCGGACUCUGAGCCGCAUGCUUCUAGUCUUCAAUCUUUGACAUGGCCAAGCCUCGGCCUGACUGAGGAGCCGAUGCUUUGUAGUGUUCUGAGGAAGACUACCUACCGUACGUGAAGGAUUUCCUACUUUAAGCAUACUGUUUUAUUCCAGUCCAAAGAGGUGUAUGCAACUGCGAAGGUGAGCAGAUCAGCCCCUCUGCUCACGUCAUUUGAUUCCUUGUGGAAUGUCUGGAUAAUUUACACUAAUUGUAGUGUUAACGUUUACAUACAGUAACCAGUCUAGCAUACUGGCCAGUCUCGCCAGGAGAUCUCUGCCGCGGAGCAGAUUUUACUCGUCGGUAUGCUACUUUGCAUUUCAAAAUCUUCCUUUUGUGCCCAUAUUUCUUGCACAAGCCUGCACUUUAGUGAAAAAUUUCAAUAAAUUGAAAUGCUUUGUA